AUGCGCUCCUCGAUACCUACUAUCCUCGCUACAGCCUACUUCACGCUCGGCGCAACAGCACUGCCAAAUCCUCGACCAGCCGCGACGUAUCAAGUCGUCGAUGUCGGCGGUCCAUCGAGCUCGAUCAACUCUCCGCCAGCAGAGACACUCCCGCCGACAAGCACAUCCACCUCGAAGCCGGCAACUGUGACAGUCACGGCAUCACCCAGCCAAGCCAGCAUCACCGAAACACAGAGCACGACCAUCACAGUGCCGAACACCGCGAUGCCAGCCUUCUCCUACACCGUCACCAUGUCGCCUUUGCCAGUCAUCAUCACCAACGUAUCACCUUCGACUGUCACAGAGACUACGGCCGAGGCGACCGAGACUGUCUACAACACAGUGCCAGAGCCGGCAUACGCAACCGCUGUGCAGUCUUCUUCAUCAUCCUCCAGCUCGAGUUCGAUAUACACUUCGACGUUCAAGGGCGCUUUCACUAGCCAUGGACUGUGGAAUCAGACCAUGACCACUACCACAUACCCUACCGCCGGUACUGCGGUGUAUGCAAGGUAUCCCACAAACGUGCCUUGCCCAGAUGAGGACGCCGGGAAGUCGAGCUAUUAG